UUGACGACACACACUGGCCACAGCACCACAACCGCACACGCUGAGGAAUGCAUCGAGUCGCGCUGAAUCACGGAAGGGUUUUGACUGCUGCUGGCAAAACAAAUGCCGCCAGAGGAUGGUCAGUACUCUCACGCCACGGCACCUGGCGAGCCCUGUCUGACACCAGUGUCAGCGGUGGAGGCUCGGGAGAGAGCUCUGGGCAAGAAGGUGGCGCAAGGGGAAGGCAGAAAGGAGUAGGAGGUGCAGGAGGGGCCACGCAGCCCGCGGGCCGGGGCCGUGGAGCAUUUAGCCAGUUCCUGAGGACACACGAGCGGAAAAUCGGUAAGCAGUUGCGCAAGAUCGACGAAUUCCCGGAGGACGACCGUGGAGGGGACCCUGGCAGCGGACAGUUUGACGACUCCGAUGAAGGUUCAGGCACUAAAAAGUUCGCGGGGACUGCGAGAGAUGAAGGGUUAUUAUUCGAAGAAAAGGAACCUGAGGAUGACUUUAGGUCGUCCAAGUCGCAAGACGAUAAAUGGCAAGAGCAAUGGUUUUCGCACGAAGACAAGAGGUUGGACAAGUUGGGCUUGGAGCCUGAAGGCGAAAUGGGAGGAGACCUACCGGAGCUUGACGACUGUGAGGAAGAUGACCACUUUGAUCCUGACGAUGAAUGGGACGACGAGGCCUGGAAAGGGUACACUCCGGAGCAAAUCGAAGAGUUCAAGAUACUGGGCGCCAGACUCGAGGAAGAGGAGAGCAAGCAGAUGGCAGACUUGCGCAGGAGGUGGAAGGAGACCAAGGCGGACUCAGUGAAGAAACACGGAACUGCGGAGCACUUAGAAUUACCGGAUAUCGUUAUCAAGCACGAGAUCACAUACGAAGCACCUCCGGGGAAGGCCAACGCAGACCGCUCCAUGCCAAUACCACGCCCUGUGGUCAGUAUUUUCAUAUCUUGUUCCGUUGUGGAAUAG